GAUUCCUGUUUCCAUGAAGGAGACAGGGGAUUCGACAAACCCACAACACCUUAAAGAAGGAGACUUACUCUAGUUCAGCCAUGAGGCUUCUCUUUGGGCUGCAGCUCCUCCUCUUAACUGGCUGUGUUGCCUCGCGGUCGAGAGAGUGGGCUCAUCAUGGCGCACCUAUGUUUGCUGAUCUCACGGUACGUGAGAUGAAAGCCGUCCGGGCCUACUUACACGCCAUCCCAGAGAUGGGGCUCACUGAUGCUCGCAGCAAAGCUUUGCAGAAAAACAGCAUCCUGCUGAUGGAGCUUCAUCUGCCAAAGAAGCAAGAAGCCCUGAGAGCGCUGGACCGCGGACAGGCCAAACCCUCUCGCCAAGCUCGUGUGAUCAUCCAGUUUGGAGACCAGGCCAACCCCAACAUGACUGAGUACAUUGUGGGUCCUCUCCCAUUGCCCAAGUCUCAUGAAGUCAAGACAUUCAAGGGGGGAAAGCCUGUCCAGUUUGAUUCAAGGCCCAUCACUCUUGCAGAGUAUUACCAUGUGAAUAACAUCCUGCAGAAGAUCACUACCAAAGCUCACAAGCUCCUGCUUGAGACCACAGGAGGGUUUUCCUUCUCUAACUGCACGGACCGCUGCCUGACGUUCUCAGACAUCGCUCCCCGGGGUUUGGGUCCGGGCGAGCGGAGAACCUGGAUUAUGCUGCAAAAGUUUGUGGAGGGUUAUUUUAUUCACCCAGUUGGAUUUGAGGUACUGGUCAACCACCAGAGCCUGGACCCAGACAAGUGGACCGUUGAGAAGGUCUGGUAUAACAGCAUGUAUUUUGACAGUGUUGAGGAACUGGUGGAUAAGUAUGAAUCAGGGGACGUGGACAAGGUGAAACUGCCUGAUCACAAUGAAGAGGACCUUUACUCCACCUACGUACCACGCGGUCAAAGCAACACUCCCACUAAUGUCCACGGGCCUAAGCUUGUGGAGCCCCAGGGACACCGCUAUCACGUCGACCACAACUUUGUGGAGUACGCUGGGUGGUCCUUUGCCUACAGAGUGCGGUCGUCGGCUGGGCUCCAAGUCUUUGAUCUACGCUUCAAUGGAGAAAGGAUUGCCUACGAGAUCAGCCUCCAAGAAGCUAUUGCCUUCUACGCCGGUGACACUCCUGCGGGCAUGCAAACAAAGUACAUCGAUGCAGGGUGGGCGAUGGGGACCUCCACCUUUGAACUGGCUCCCGGUAUUGACUGUCCAGAAAUUGCCACGUUUGUCGACCUUCACCACUACUAUGACACAGAUAAACCUGUGCACCACAAAAAUGCCCUCUGUAUCUUCGAGAUGACCACCGGUGUGCCUCUGAGGAGGCAUUUCAAUUCCAAUUUCCAGGGAGGUUACAACUUCUAUGGGGGGCUGGACAGUACGGUGUUGGUGUUGCGGACAACCUCAACAGUUUACAACUACGAUUAUAUCUGGGACUUCCUCUUCUACCUUAAUGGAGUGGUUGAGGUCAAGGUCAGCGCUACCGGGUACAUCCACGCCACCUUCUUCACACAGAAUGGGCUUCACUAUGGCACCAAAGUGUACGACUACGCACUGGGAAACUUGCACACGCACCUCGUCCAUUACAAGGUGGACCUGGACGUCGGCGGUCGAGAGAACAGCGUCGAGACGAUCGAUCUGAAAUAUGUCAACUUCACCAACCCGUGGAGUCCAAAACAUUUCAUCGUGCAGUCCCAGCUCCACAGGACAGAGCUCAAGACGGAGCGAUCGGCCGCUUUCCGCUUCGGCAAAAAGUUCCCCCGUUACGUGCACUUUUACAACCCUAAUCAGAAAAAUAAAUGGGGUCAGAAGAAAGGCUAUCGCAUCCAGUUUAACUCACACGCGAACAGUGUUCUGCCAAAAGGCUGGCGGGAGGAAAAUGGCAUCAGUUGGUCAAGGUAUCCUCUGGCUGUGACUCGACACAAGGACAGUGAAGCCACCAGCAGCAGCAUCUACACCCAGAACGACCCCUGGGAACCUGCCGUGUCAUUUGAGGACUACAUCCGCAACAAUGAAGACAUAGUCGACCAGGACCUGGUAGCCUGGGUGACGGUGGGCUUCCUACAUGUGCCCCAUUCAGAAGACGUUCCCAACACGGCAACGCCCGGCAAUGCCGUGGGCUUCUUCCUCCGGCCCUUCAACUUCUUCGAUGAAGAUCCUUCUCUGUCGUCCAGAAGCACCGUUAUUGUCCGACCGGGCCAGGACGGCAAGCCCCAGAUCCAGAGAUGGACGCCAGAGGUCGUAGGUCACUGUGUGACGGACAAGCCAUUCUUUUACAAUGGCACUUAUGCAGGAGUCUAGAAAAGAUUUUAAAUAUAUUGUUCUAAAUAUAUAUAUAUAUAUAUAUAUAUAUAUAUAUAUAUAUAUAUAUAUAUAUAUACAUACAUAGACAGAGCCUUCUCCAUAGCUGCCCCGACAAUCUGGAACUCUCUCCCCGCUCACAUUCGCAAUUGCACAGACUUACCCACCUUCAAAUCUCAUCUCAAAACCCUUUAUCUUAUCUUUUAUCUCUUAUCUUUUUUAUCCUGUAGUUUUUAAUUUUAAUUUUCUUGAUCUCAAAGUUUUAUCUUUGUGUCUGUGAAGCGUCUUUGAGAUCUUUUAAAAGUGCUCUAUAAAUAAAAUGGAUUAUUAUUAUUAUUAUUAUAUAUAUAUGUCCUUGUAAUGAAAAGAAGAUUUGAAGAU